AUGAUCAGUGCUAAAGGUCAGCCAGGCACUGUGAUCAGUGCUUAUAGUCAGCCAGGCACUGAGAUCAGUGCUUAUAGUCAACCAGGCACCGUGAUCAGUGCUUAUAGUCAACCAGGCACUGUGAUCAGUGCUUAUAACCAACCAGGCACAGUGAUCAGUGCUUAUAGUCAACCAGGCACCGUGAUCAGUGCUUAUAGUCAACCAGGCACUGUGAUCAGUGCUUAUAGUCAACCAGGCACCAUGAUCAGUGCUUAUAGUCAACCAGGCACCACGAUCAAUGCUAAAAGUCAACCAGGCACCGUGAUCAGUGCUUAUAGUCAACCAGGCACAGUGAUCAGUGCUUAUAGUCAACCAGGCACCGUGAUCAGUGCUUAUAGUCAACCAGGCACUGUGAUCAGUGCUUAUAGUCAACCAGGCACCGUGAUCAGUGCUUAUAGUCAACCAGGCACCACGAUCAAUGCUUAUAGUCAACCAGGCACCGUGAUCAGUGCUUAUAGUCAACCAGGCACCGUGAUCAAUGCUUAUAGUCAACCAGGCACUGUGAUCAGUGCUUAUAGUCAACCAGGCACCAUGAUCAGUGCUUAUAGUCAACCAGGCACCAUGAUCAGUGCUUAUAGUCAACCAGGCACUGUGAUCAGUGCUUAUAGUCAACCAGGCACCGUGAUCAGUGCUUAUAGUCAACCAGGCACCGUGAUCAGUGCUUAUAGUCAACCAGGCACCGUUAUCAGUGCUUAUAGUCAGCCAGGCACUGUGAUCAGUGCUUAUAGUCAACCAGGCACUGUGAUCAGUGCUUAUAGUCAACCAGGCACCGUGAUCAGUGCUUAUAGUCAACCAGGCACCAUGAUCAGUGCUUAUAGUCAACCAGGCACCACGAUCAAUGCUAAAAGUCAACCAGGCACCGUGAUCAGUGCUUAUAGUCAGCCAGGCACUGAGAUCAGUGCUUAUAGUCAACCAGGCACCGUGAUCAGUGCUUAUAGUCAACCAGGCACUGUGAUCAGUGCUUAUAACCAACCAGGCACAGUGAUCAGUGCUUAUAGUCAACCAGGCACCGUGAUCAGUGCUUAUAGUCAACCAGGCACUGUGAUCAGUGCUUAUAGUCAACCAGGCACCAUGAUCAGUGCUUAUAGUCAACCAGGCACCACGAUCAAUGCUAAAAGUCAACCAGGCACCGUGAUCAGUGCUUAUAGUCAACCAGGCACAGUGAUCAGUGCUUAUAGUCAACCAGGCACCGUGAUCAGUGCUUAUAGUCAACCAGGCACUGUGAUCAGUGCUUAUAGUCAACCAGGCACCGUGAUCAGUGCUUAUAGUCAACCAGGCACCACGAUCAAUGCUUAUAGUCAACCAGGCACCGUGAUCAGUGCUUAUAGUCAACCAGGCACCGUGAUCAAUGCUUAUAGUCAACCAGGCACUGUGAUCAGUGCUUAUAGUCAACCAGGCACCAUGAUCAGUGCUUAUAGUCAACCAGGCACCAUGAUCAGUGCUUAUAGUCAACCAGGCACUGUGAUCAGUGCUUAUAGUCAACCAGGCACCGUGAUCAGUGCUUAUAGUCAACCAGGCACCGUGAUCAGUGCUUAUAGUCAACCAGGCACCGUUAUCAGUGCUUAUAGUCAGCCAGGCACUGUGAUCAGUGCUUAUAGUCAACCAGGCACUGUGAUCAGUGCUUAUAGUCAACCAGGCACCGUGAUCAGUGCUUAUAGUCAACCAGGCACCAUGAUCAGUGCUUAUAGUCAACCUGGCACCAUGAUCAGUGCUUAUAGUCAACCAGGCACCAUGAUCAGUGCUCAAAGUCAACGAGGCACUGUGAUCAGUGCUAAUAGUCAACCAGGCACUGUGAUCAGUGCUUAUAGUCAACCAGGCACUGUGAUCAGUGCUUAUAAUCAACCAGGCACUGUGAUAAGUGCAUAUUGUCAAAGGCACCGUUAUCAGUGCUUAUAG